AAUGACAUUCCUUGUAAUUUUACUCAUUGUUUUUGUAAUGAGAACACUGUAAAACGAGGAUUAUAAGGGCGUGAAAAUAAUAUAUUUGAAUAACGAUAAAUUAAAAAAGAAAAGAAGAAGAAGGUGGCGUGGUCACAUGCCAAUAAGGCAAAGACCACCAGUUUGAGAAACGAGAUGGUGGUGGUUGGCAGAGAAUCCAAAAUGUGACUUGAUUGCUAAGUUCCGCCCCACGCAGCAAUCCCUCAGUGUCUCCCUUUCCAUCCAUAUAAAAACCCCUAUACAAUUCUAUAAUUUUCAUUAUAGCUUUCUUGUUCUCUCUGCCAUAAACUCAGUUCUUCACAAAGAAAGACACGAGGAUCAAGACCAGGCCGAGAAAAAUAACCGAGCAAAAUGUCAGACUGGGGUCCAGUGUUUAUGGCUGUGGUGCUGUUUAUUCUGUUAACUCCAGGGCUUUUGUUUCAGGUACCAGGACGACAUCGGUACGUUGAGUUUGGCAAUUUCCAGACAAGUGGCGCAUCAAUUAUGGUUCAUACUCUUCUCUAUUUUGCUCUCAUUUGCGUUUCCUUGCUGGCUGUUAAGGUUCACUUGUACCUUGGUUAGUACGUAGUGCUACUCAGUAAUGCAAUUGACUUGCCCCCAGCAAGUAGAAAAACAAGAUCAAGUGUAAUAAAUCGAAGAUGUUUUGUGGGGUUUGCUUUUCUGUCAAAUGCAAGUUAUAUCAAAUAUAUAUGAUCAUUUUACAUUUUAGAGAGGGUUUGAUUGAUUGUUAUAUGUGUAACGUAAUGAUCAUAGCUCUUGCUUGCUUUGUUACUUCAAGAA